GGCAGAUAUCGGAUAUCUCAUUACUUGAUACACUCACGCACACAUUAGAUUUAAAAUUAAUUAGUAUUUAUUAUAAAAAAAGAUAUAUGAAAAAUUGUUUUUCACAAAGCACCACAAAGUAGUACGUAUCUCCUCAUAAUAGGUUAAUACGAAGCAUUUCAUCUGUCACGGUCAUUUAAUGUCAUUGAUUAUUCACGAUAAUACAGAUAUCAUCAAAUAGUAAAAAAUGGCGGAUGCAGCAAUGGACAACUCUGGCAGACUCGUCAAGAUGGAAGUAGAUUACAGUAGUACUUGCGACGCAAAAAUUCCAGAAUGUAAGAAGCUCGCUUCUGAAGGAAAAUUGCACGAUGCUCUAGAUCAGUUGUUGGCCUUGGAGAAGCUUACCAGAACUGGUGCCGACAUGGCAUCAACGUCGAGACUUCUCGUAGGGAUAGUCGAAAUUUGCUUGGAAGCAAAAAACUGGUCAGCACUGAACGAACAUAUAAUCCUAUUAUCGAAACGACGUUCCCAGUUGAAACAAGCUGUCACAAAGAUGGUUCAAGAAUGUUGUACUUACGUAGACAAAAUGCCUAAUAAGGAAACUAUGGUGAAAUUGAUAGAAACACUUCGUUCGGUCACAGAAGGGAAGAUAUACGUAGAGGUAGAAAGGGCAAGACUUACUCAUCGUUUAGCCAAAAUAAAAGAAGCAGAAGGUGACGUUGCGGGCGCUGCAGCUGUGAUGCUCGAAUUGCAGGUGGAAACUUAUGGCAGCAUGUCACGUCGAGAGAAGGCUUCCCUCAUUCUGGAACAGAUGAGACUCUGUUUGGCCAAACAGGACUUUAUGAGAACGCAGAUUAUAGCGAAAAAGAUCAACGUCAAGUUCUUCACCGACGAGAACGAUGAGGAAACACAGGCUUUGAAGCUAAAAUAUUACGACUUGAUGAUGGAAUUGGCUCGUCACGAAGGUUGGCACUUAGAAUUGUGUCGUCAUAAUCGAGCGAUAUUGGAAACUCCAGCGAUUCGAGACGACACAGAGAAAAGACACACCGCGCUUUCGCGAGCGGUUUUGUAUCUUGUACUCGCCCCGCACGAGCCCGAGCAAGCUGACUUAACUCAUAGAUUGCUGGCCGACAAACUUCUGGACGAGAUACCCACAUACAAAGAACUGCUGCGUUUAUUCGUAAAUCCCGAGUUGAUAAAGUGGUCAGGAUUAUGCGAAAUUUACGAAAGAGAUCUGAGAUCGACCGAAGUUUUCUCUGCCUCGACCGAAGAAGGUUGCAAAAGAUGGGCAGACUUGCGGAAUCGCGUGGUGGAACACAAUAUCAGAAUCAUGGCUAAAUACUACACCAAGAUCACAUUAACUCGUAUGGCUGAAUUGUUGGAUCUUCCAACCGAAGAAACAGAAGCGUGUCUCUGCAACUUGGUAGAAACAGGCGUAAUUAGCGCACGGACGGAUCGUCCAGCUGGCGUAGUCCGUUUCACCGGUACACAAGAACCGGCUGCUCUCUUGGAUACAUGGGCCGCUUCACUAUCAAAACUUAUGGGCCUCGUGAAUCACACGACCCAUUUAAUUCAUCAGGAAGAAAUGUUAGCCGUUGCACAAUCUUAAAUAACAGAUACAAGAUGCAUCUGCUAGCCUAUAUUAUUCGUGAUUCAUUAUACGUAUAAUAAUGUUUUCAUUCAGUUUAAGUAUUAUGUAUCAUUUACAGAUCAAUGCGCGCAGGUCAAACUAAUGUCACAUUACGAUUUUCGGUCGUUAUAUAUAGCUAUUGUAUGCAAGUAAUAUUUAAAAUAUAAAUUUCUUGAUAAAA